GGUGCUCGCCAGGUCUUCGUCACUUACUCUAGGUUCCUCUUUGGAGAGCCCCACGGCUUUCACAGCUGCGAUCGUUCACUUGUAUUAUGGACCUGACCACGCCCUUUGAUCGAACCUGAGCUUCUGACCCGCUCCCCUCUCGUGCGUUUCAGACGCUUUUCUCGGGUGGUCCCGCCCGAGACUCUGAUUGUUUCUUUCUUCAUCCUCUAUUCCAAUUACAGAAUCGGGUAUCAUCUCUGGAAGUUUUCAGGAUGAACCGGCUACUCAAAUCAACCAUCGUUCCAACCUGGAGCACCUCACCCUCACCUCAACCAUGCUACAAUUGCGGAUCUACUACUCAUAUUGCCCAGUUUUGUCCGGAACCUCGGCGACAAGUCCCCGCAGGCUCCGUGAAUCAACCUCCUCGCACCCAUCGGAUACAGAAGAAAAGUAGCAAGCCGAUCAUAACUCGAUACCCUCAUCCCACCCAAUAUCCCACUACUCAGCCUCCGGCUUAUCAACCACCUCAGCCCCAAGCUUAUCCACAACAAGCCCAAACACAGACUACUUAUUCUCCACAGGUCCCCCCUCAGGCGUAUCCUACACAAGCAUCACCGAGUCCCGUCAGUCCUUAUCCCUCGCAACAACAAUCGCAACAGUGGCAGCAACCUUAUACUUACAACGCCCACCAACAAUGGCCGCAACCCUCGACCCAAACACAGCCACACUAUACUCCACAUGCGACUGCUGCCUCUCCAACUGCAGCGUAUGGACCUCACCAACCGGCAGCAUAUCAGGGUUACAGUCAACCAUCUGCCCAUCAAUCGCAUCCACAACCUCAACAACCACGUACCCGGCAACCAUACUAUAACUAUCUUCAGGGAGCCCAUGCACCCCCUGUCCAUCCACCGACCUCAUUUAACCCUCAGUUCCAUCGUCCUCAGCACCAAUUCAGACAAAGGCAGAAUAACAAACACCGGUCUCAACACCAUACACCGUCAUUCCAGCAGCAACCGCAACGCAAUGCAUCGCCUGCUCAAGUUGCUCCCGGUCCAUCUCAGACGGCCUCACAAGCAACUGCUAACAAUCGCCGUGAACCCCCACCUCCUAAACCACCACCAUGCUUUCCAAACACACAGGUCCCAAUCACACAGUUUGGUAAAUCUGGGAAGAUAGUAUACAAACCUCCCGAGCGGGUCGAAAAGCCACUGGCGGCAACCUUUGCGGAGACAGAUGCCCAACGCAGUGUGAAAACGGAUGACCCCGAAAAGCCAACCGACCAGCGGGUCUUUUCAACCAAAUACUUUGAUGAGAAGGGUGCCCGCAUUGACGGAUAUGUUAUCAAGCCCGGAGAAGAUGGAGAACCAGAAGAUCCUGUGUACAAUUCUGUCAGAACAGGAGGCUCCAUGCUGUCGCAGCCACUGGAGUUUGCUUUGUCUGGUGACCCAGAGAAGAAUGGGGAUGCGGAACUCCAGAAAAUGCUUAAGGAAUUGGAGUACGAGGCCAAGAUGGAAAUUUACGGUUCUCUCAAUGGAGAGGACAAAAAAGGACCAGAGGAAUCUUUAUCGGUGGUCUCACGGCCACUUUCGAGGGGUAGCGGCGGCUCAGGCAAGGCUUCAGAAGGUGGUAAGGAAGGGUCUAGGAAAAGGGGCUGGCAUAAGAAUCUCGAAGAUUCAUCCCACGAUGGUUCUGAAGAUCGUCGUCCUAAACGCCCGGCAAAAGGUAACAAGAAGACUAGGGGUAACAGCCCAUCUAGCAUCACUCAACCAAGUGUUCCCCCACCACAACAUCACCCCUUGCCACCAAAGCCCAAGGUCCCCGGUUUUCGCGGCGGGCGUGGAGGUCGCCAUCACAGACACGCCCCUUCUCCAGCUCGUCAAUAUCAGGUUCACCGAGAAGGCGGUAGUGGUGCCGGCAGAAGUGGCAACCAAGGGUUCUCAGGAGACCAUAUUAGGCCUGUUACUUAAUAUCCAUACCUUUUUCUCUCUUUUAUUCUCUCUCUUAUUUAUGUAUAUUUACUUUGUUGGCCUGUCUCAUCCUCGUCUGAUCCUCUUCAAUACUCUUCCUCAUAGUGGCACGAUUGCUUCAUAGAUAGAUCUUAGCUCACUGUCUGUCUGUUUGUUUCCACUGCGCAGAGUGCUGUAUAGUGAUGAAGAUUUUACCCCCUCCCCUCCCCCCCACACGCUCACAAUCGCACAUACAUUUCCCCUAGUAUAUCCUCUCCCAAGACUUAUCAUCCCUUUAUCUCCCCCUGCCUUAACUAACCAACGACAACGGACUCUUUUUCCAUACCAUCUCAUCCCCAUCACUAACCAUCUUCCUCCUCCCUCACUCUCCAUUUAUUUACCCAUUUAUUUAUCUUGCCUCAUCCAAUCGGAGUCUAUCAAUGGUGAUUUUUGAUCCUUUUUUUCUUUCUUUCCAUUUUCCGCCUGCUGUGCCUAUAUUUCUCUUUCUCUUCUUUUCUUUUCCCGGAACGUUCGUGCUUAAUUUUCCUCAUUCCCAUUCCCAUUCCCAUCAUUAUUCACGAUAUAUUGCACUUUAAUUAUCAUUUUUUCUUCUUCUUGCUACCCUAUCCUACCAUGACAUUACUAUAACCCGGAUUUAUUCCUACCUACCCACACUGCGUGAAUUGUGAUACCGAUAUCCUGGCUAUGGACUGUAUGAAGUUUUCUGUAUUAACCUAACUUGCUGUAUUAUUUUUUAUUCUUUUCUGUUUCUGUUGCUACAGUACCUGUAUUUUUUAUAAGCUAUGCAUGGGUGAGUUGAGUUGAGUUGGGUUGGAGGUGGAGGGGGAGAGGAGAGAGGAGGGGGGGGUUACGAUACGGUAAUAUUAGAGGUAAAUAUUAUUGGCGCAUGGGAAGUAUGAUACCGAGUAUUAUCUAUCUAGUCA